AUGGGUAUAAAAGGGCUUUGGCAGGCUUUGCAGUCCUACAUUCAAGAUGGACACUUGAGCCAGUUUAAAGGGAAGCGGGUAUCCGUCGAUAUGUACGUUUGGCUUCAUCAGGCAAUUCGCCACGGCACCGAGUUGAAUAAAGAACGUGUGUGGCGGUAUUUUGAGGAGCUGGACGCGCGCUCCUCACAGCCUUCGCGUGAUGGCGACGUCGGAGGCACCCAGGCGUCUUCGGAAGGUGACUUUCGGAUCGACGAUUUAUACCUGAUCAACGAUCGUUACAUUGACUACGUCGUCCAGAAGAUUGAUGCGCUUCUGCAGCACGGGGUGAUCCCCGUCUGCGUGUUUGAUGGCGCGGAGAUGCCGAUGAAGCGGCAGACCAACGUGGAGCGGCAGGAGCGGCGCGAGGCGAGCUUCCGUCAGGCCCUGCACCUCCUGGAGGGGAACUACCGCCGCUGCCGGGAUAGCCAGCGCCGUGGGUUUCAAACCCACGCCCGGAGUUACACCGAGGCGUUGGAGUGCGUGUGGAAGGCGGUGGACGUCUCCACGGAGCUCGCCCACGCCGUCCUGCAGGUGCUGCGGGAGGAGCGUCGGGUGGAGUGCCUGGUGGCGCCCUAUGAGGCCGAGGCGGAGAUGGCCUACCUCUGCCGCGAGGGCUACGUCGGGGCGGCGCUCUCGGAGGAUUCGGACCUCAUCGCGUACUACUGCCCUUGCAUCCUCGCGAAGCUCGAGGCCGCCUCGGGGCGGUGCGUCGUCGUGCGGCCGCAGCUCUGCGUGCCCGCCUUUUUCGCCGCGAUGGGGGCCAUGAGCCUCCCGCAGCGCGCGCGAGGGGGCGGAGGAGGAGGAGGGGGGAGGAGGGGGGGGUGCCAGCGAGGCUCGCCUGCCGCCGACGAUCGCCUUCUCGUACGAGUCUUUUCUCCUCGGUUGCAUCAUGAGCGGCUGCGAUUACGUCGCGAACCUCCGCAGCAUCGGGGUGAAAACCGCCUUCAAGCUCGUCACGCACGCGCGAUCGCUGCCGGAGGUGCUGCAGCUCCUCCAAACCCAAUUCGGGUUCCCCUCCGAGGAGCUCCAGCGCUACCGCCGCCGGCUGCUCGACGCGUUCUACUGCUUUGCCCACCACAUCGUCUACGACCCCUCGCGUCGGACGCUGGUGACCUUCUUUCCGCUCCCCCAUUCCCCGGCGUCGUCGACGCCGCGGGCGGAUUUGGUCGGGGCGAUGUGGUCCGACGAGGAAACGCAUCGCGUCUGCGAGGAGUGCCUGUUCGAUCCGAACACGCAUCGCCUCUACGUCGGGGCGUUCAAACCCUGCCUGAGCGCCUACCUCCACCGCGCGCGGCGGGGGCAGGUUCGCCUCACCCACUUCGCGGGCUUUCACGCGCGGCAGGCCCCGAAGGUGGUGCUCCCGGCCGACCCCGCGGAGGCCGACUUCGGCCACGGAUCCCUCCAAAAGGUGCGCGACGCCGUUGGCUUCCUCGCGAAGGGCACCAAAAAGGUGAUGGUGCGCUCGAAGUACUUCCUCCGCGCGGGGCGGUUGCACGCGCAGGAGGAUUGGAGCGCCUCCCUAGGGGAUAG